AUGUCUGAAAUUUGUAGAUAUGAGAAAAUUAAAGAAAGAAAUAGAAGUCUUGUUGAGUUCCUGAAGUCCAGUGAAGUGAAGCAAUAUCUCUUGGAAAUCCUCUGGGAGAAAAGGAGGAGUGAUAAACACAUGGUUUACAAACUAGGUCGCUCCAAGGAAAGAGACCGUCUCAAGAACCCAGGAUUUGGACCAGUCGCUGAUGAGGACCAGCAAGAGGAUGUCCUCUAUACAAUGAUGGAGUGGUACAGGCAGGAGACCAAGCUUUCAGACAAUGAGAUUCCUGAUGUUAGCUAUGUCAUUGAUGUUUGGAUCCCUGAGGGCAUUGUUUAUGGGUUGAUGAAGCGGAAGAAAUACACUCCCAAGAAGGCAUGGGAACAGUUUGAGAAAGGCGUGUAUAUGACAAAGAAAGAAAAGGCCGAGGUCCACAGGUCCCUGUUGGAGAGUGCCAAGCGAAUAUCGCCCGAGGAUGUCCAACGGUACGAGGCAAACAUCCAGGACAGGAUCAAUGUUAUCUGUCACCAAAGUGGACUCCAGAAUAUCACCUUAUGAUGAUCAGAACAGAGUCCAGAGCUGAUAAUUACCACUACCUUGUACAUGCAGUCUGUGACUGUGGAGAAUUCCACAGAACAUUGUCACAACAAAUUAGGCCUGUAUGUUGCUUAUUGUGUUGCAUUUAAUCAAGCAGGCAUAUCAUGAACACAUGUACAGAUAAUCAAAGAUCUACAAAUUGAAGUACAUUCAGAAUAUUAGGUGUUUUAAGGUCUACAUGUACUUAUAAAGAUUGUUUUCUCAUUGACAUUAGGAAUAAAUUUACUGAUAGGUUUUAAUAAUCAUGUUAAACACUUAACAAAUUGUUCAGUCAGAUAGUUCAUAUCUUCACUAAACCACCAAUCAUAGCUAGUCAUUUGGUUUGUUGUAAUAUAUAUAUAUAUAUAUAUA